UUUGUCUGUAGUACUAACCUUAAGCUAGGUAGCUUAUCUGUGGUGCGGUUGUCAACGGCGUGUAGCAAAUUAUUCCUAAUUUUUUCCGUGUUAAUGUAUAUUCAGGUUGUGACUAAUAUUCAUUUUAUAGGGCUUUCCUUUUCAAACAGUGUCAUGGGAAGCUGACUUCGCUAGCUAGGUCGCUAGUUGUAGUUAGCAUCAUUGCUAAUCGAGUGGCUGCGGGGUGUAACAUCGAGUUGUUUACGUUUAGCUAUACAACCAGCUAGUUGUUUCUCAUGUUAUCAUCCAAAGAACCAGCUGCAUAAUCAAAAUGAAAUGGAUAUCGUAGAUAUUUUCUAUGAAACGACACCUUCAAAUUUGAAGUUCUUCAAAUAUCGACGUUACAUUCGACUGUUUCUAUCAAGCUAGCAACGCAGACUGGUAACUUAAGCUAGAGGAAGGAUGGAGAAACCUCCUUUCAAACAGACUCAAUUCUGUGGAGCAUGGGUAAUGAAAGAGAGAUUGGGAACAGGUGGCUUUGGUCAUGUAUAUCUCUAUCAGCAUCAGGAAACAUCUGAGAAAAUUGCUGUCAAACUCUGUCGGCUUGAACUCAAUGCAAGGAACAAAGACAGAUGGAGUCGAGAGAUCCAGAUAAUGAAAAAGUUGAACCACCUGAACGUAGUAACAGCAAGGGAUGUACCUGAAGAGAUGAAACACAUUGCCUUGAAUGACUUGCCUCUUUUAGCCAUGGAGUACUGUUCCAGGGGAGACCUUCGUAAGCUUUUAAGCAAACCUGAGAAUUGCUGUGGGCUCAAAGAGAGCGAGGUGCUGUCCUUACUCAACGAUGUCGGUUCAGGAAUUCAGUAUCUUCAUGCAAACAAAAUCAUUCACAGAGACUUAAAACCAGAGAAUAUCGUACUUCAGGAAAUCAAUGGAAAGCUGGUCCACAAGAUAAUAGACCUGGGCUAUGCAAAAGAUCUGGAUCAAGGGAGCCUUUGCACUUCGUUUGUGGGAACUCUGCAGUAUCUGGCCCCGGAGUUAUUUGAGAGCAAACCCUACACAGUUACCGUGGACUACUGGAGCUUUGGCACAAUGAUUUUCGAGUGUAUUUGCGGUUUUCGUCCAUUUCUACACAACCUGCAACCUGUGCAAUGGACAAGCAAAGUACGUAACAAGGGCCCAAAAGACAUCAUGGCUAUAGAGGAUAUGAAUGGAGAAGUCAGAUUUUCAACUCACCUCCCUUACCCCAAUAAUCUCAGCAGCACACUGUUGGAGCCUUUGGAGUGUUUGCUACAGUUGAUGCUGAAGUGGGAUCCAGUUCAGAGGGGAGGAGUACUAAACUCUGAUACUAUACAGCCCCCGUGCUUUGCACAACUUGAUCAAAUUCUGAACAUGAAGGUUGUUCACAUCUUGAACAUGACUACAACCGCGGUUCAUUCUUUUCGUUUGAGCCGUGAGGAGACCCUUCACUCCCUGCAGCAGGCUAUUGAGAAUGUGACGAAAAUCGAACAAGGGAAUCAAGAGCUUCUGCAGGAGACAGGAGUCAUGCUAGACCCAAGAAAGCCUGCAGCACAAUGUGUCCUGGAUGGAGUCAGAGGAUGGGACAGCUACAUAGUGUAUCUGUUUGAUAAGAGCCUAACCAAGUACACUGGACCAUUUACUGCCAGACCUCUUCCAGAGAGUGUGAACUUCAUUGUACGUGAGACCAAGACCCAGCUUCCCUUGAAUGCCCUCAAGAAAGUUUGGGGUGAAGCAGUGAGCUACAUCUGUGGCCUCAGGGAGGACUACAGCCGCCUUUUCCAGGGCCAAAGAGCUGCCAUGUUAAGCCUUCUUCGGUACAACACUAACCUCACUAGAUACAAGAAUAUGAUGUUUUCAUGUUCACAGCAGUUAAAAGCCAAGCUAGAUUUCUUUAAGAGUAGCAUCCAGUAUGACCUGGAGAAGUACAGUGAUCAGAUGCAGUAUGGAAUAUCUUCUGAAAAGAUGUUAAAGGCUUGGCAAGACAAUGAAGAGAAAGCUGCUGCAUUUGGACAGGUUGCAGAGAUUGGCCAUCUAGAUGAAGAGAUUAUGGCCUUGCACUCAGAGAUUGUGGAGCUUCAAAGAAGUCCUUAUGCCCGCCGCCAAGGAGAUGUCAUGGAGCAGCUUGAGGAGAAAGCCAUUGAACUCUACAAACAACUUAAAGCAAAGUGCAAAAUGAAUGACUCUCAGCAUGGCUACAGUGACAGUUCUGAGAUGGUGAAAGUAAUCGUUCAAACCGUACAAAACCAAGACAAAGUACUGAAGGAUCUCUAUGCACAUCUCAGUAAAAUUCUACAGAGCAAACAGAAGAUUAUUGAAUUGUUCCCAAAGAUUGAAAAAACUCUGGAGAACAUUAAGGAAGCAGACGGAACUGUUAUGCAGAUGCAGAUGAAGAGACAGAGGGAGUUCUGGCACUUACUGAAGAUUGCAUGUGCGCAGAACACCACCCGUAGCAACAGUGCAGAUGUAUCCUCAUCUCUCUGGCCUCAGCAUGCUCAGCAGUCCUGCUCUCCUCGCCUGCCCGUGUCCCUGCCAGCUACACAUGACAUUGAAACGGUCAACCAUCUCCUGGAGGAGAAUCAGAAGUACUUAACCCAGCUCACAAGUCUGUUGCAAGAGACAACUGAGGAGAAAUCUGAGAGUAUAAUGGAUCAAGACUGGAGCUGGACUAAAUAUGAAUCUCUGUUUGCAAAAUUACAGCGUAUUUAAAUUUUGUUCAUGUUAUGCUAAUCUUCACCUGAUUGGAUUUCUGUUGGCAUAUAUGGGUUUUCAUCACAGUAAUCUGCCAAUAUCAUGUUUAUCAUCUAGUGUCGUGGCAACAUAAUGACACAUAUAGAUAUGUAUUUUUACUUGCCGUAAUGCCACCUUAUACAAGCAAAGCUUUUACAUACACUUUUAAAAAGUUGUUCUUAAAACCAGGCCUCAGGGCAUGCCAGACAAUCGAGACGUUUGCUCUAUGCCUCACACGACACAGGAAUAAAGAAAACAAAUGUGGACUGUCCUGGGGUCAGAAAACUGGUUGGACAACCACUGCUUAAAUACACAAGUAUUUAUUUAUUAUAAAGAAAACAGUAAUCUACUCUGUACGGGCUGAUUUUAUGUGGAUUUGGUGUCUUUCUAUUUCUCAGCAUCUGCACUUUAGAGGCUCACUGUGAAUGUUGGAUUUUUACUACCAAGAAAGGGCACUGGUCUGUAUCAAGUCAGUGUGUGUAUAGGAGUGAUAUCCUUGAAAGUUAAAAUAAUGAAAAAAGUCAAAGAAUGAAAACAGCAACGAUCUGGCUGAAUCUAGCACAGGAACACUGUUUCUAAUCGAAAUCCUCCUAUCCAUGAAUUUAACAGUUGUUCAUUACAACAAGCCUGUUACUGGCAAGUUGUCAUGUGCCUGGGAAAUACAGUAGGAAACUGAAGGUGCUGAAUUAUUAUUAUUAUUAUUAUUAUUUUUUUUUUUUUUUUUUUGGUAAAUAAAGAAGUGUCAUAGUGUCAUCAGUGCAAUGCCUGUAGGAAGGCGUGUUAAGUGUCAGUUUGGGGAUUUAAGAAUGUCACUAUAUUAAUCUUGGUUCUCUGUUGUUUUUGAGAAUGUAGGAUCUUUGUUUCAAUAAUCAGCUCUGCACAGAAGGUUAACAGUUUAACAGUUCUUUGUUAUUUCAUCAUCAAAUAAUGUUUGGCACAAUGAUAAGUUGUUACAUUUUCUUAACUAAAAUAUUCUCUAGUUCAAUCGUUUAUUGUACAUUACAAAUAAAAAAGUAAUUAAAAUGUU